AUGCUGCCCCUCCGGACGCUGCUCUUCCGCAGCUCGCGCGGCUUGCGCACUCCAUCCCAAUGCACAUCGACUCAUCCACUUACAGCUCUGCAUCUGCUCCAUCCAUUGCAGCUUCAAGUAUCUGUCAACUCGCUCUCUAGCCGUCACAAUUGCUCGUCCACUGCGUCAUCUCGAGCUCUCGAGCCUCCUGAACGUCGUCCUCAUACUGCACAAGAGACUGCGAAUCAGCCACAAGUGACAGUGGAUCAGAUCUUGAACCAUGUGUCGCUGAUGGAGCAAUGGACGUGUUGUGGCUGUGGCAUUGCAUUGCAGUACGAAGAGCCCAAGCUCAUUGGAUACUUUCCCAAGCAGCUACUGGAUAACGUGCAGGAGCUAAAGGACCUCAAGCGACUGCGCUGUGAACGCUGUUUCCAGAUGACACAAUAUGGUAAAAUCUCGGAUACAAAGAUGCCGUACAACGAGUACGAGAAGCGCGUGCUGGAGCUAAGGAGCCAAGAUCUGCUCAUGAUUCAACUCGUGGACAUUCUCGAUAUCUCGGGAAGUUUAUUGCCCAAGGCACGCCAUGUGUUUGGGAAUAAACCCGUGAUGCUGGUGGUGAAUAAGGGAGAUCUGGUGCCGACCAAGUCGGGCAUUCGACGACUGAUGAGGAGGAUCAAGCAGGAGGCAAAGGAGGCUGGGAUUGAAAAUGUGCUGUCCAUCUACUUGAUCAGUGCUAUGAAAAAGAUUGGCAUGAAGGAGAUUGUCGAAGAUGUGGCCAAGUUUCGUCACGGUCGUGAUAUCUGUGUCGUGGGGGCUGCUAAUGUGGGCAAGUCGACGUUCCUGAACUCGUUUCUGUCGCACUUGGUCGAUCGGAAGUGGCAGCACAACCACCGCAAGUAUAUGAAAAUGACUGAGGUGCCAUUGUCCGAGCUGGAGAACGAAGAGACAGCGAGGAUGCUCAACAUUGACGAAGGUUUGCUAGAGGAGACAAAAGCUGAAAAAAACGAGAAAGGGGCGUCAGUAGAAGGCGAGACGACUGUUGUGACUCCGCAUGGCGAGCUCUACGUUGCACCUGGCGAGGAUCCAGAAAUGAUCGAGACGAGUGCAGAAGAAGAUCGAGAAAUGACCACGUCGCCGCUUCCAGGCACAACUUUAGCCGUCCAGUAUGUGCCAGUCAUGGUGCACAAUGAAGCUUUCAACGUCCUGGACACCCCCGGGUUGAUUAUUGACUCGAAGCGACAGAAGCUUGUGGAAGUGCUUGCACUCGACGGCGCUGCCAAACUGAAGAACGUGUUUCCGUCAAAGCAAUUACCGGUCACGACGUAUCGUGUGCGCCCAGGUCGCAGUUUAUUCCUCGGUGCUCUUGCGCGUUUUGACUAUGAGUCCGUCGAAAGUGACAGCAAGAAGAACAUCAUGCUGUUGUCGUGGUAUGGUGUGCUACCCGGCCACCUCACGAGCACUGAACGUGCCGAAGACACGUUCAUCAAGCACGCCGGUGGGAUCCUUUCACCUCCGCGUGGUCUCGAUGCCAUGAGUUUCACUGGUCCGCUCACGCUCUCGCAGAAUGUUUACUUGAAAGACUACGUGCUCGACAGUGUGCUCACGAAAUCCAAGCACAAGAAGCCCAAGCGCACGACUGUAGUGGAGCUGGAAUUGCCAGGCUUUGGGUGGCUCUCCGUGACCGCCAUGGACCUCGAUGGCACUUCAGCAUCGCAAAGGACGCUGAAUCAGGCCAAAAUAUCGGUGCACACAUGUCGUGGACUCUCGGUCGUUCCACGUGCACCGCUGUUUCCAUUCGAGCUGUCGGAAUCAAAGAGUACGACGUGGAAACGCUAG